UACGGGAUGACGCCUCUGAUGCAUGCUGCUUAUAAAGGAAAAGCAGACAUGUGCAAGCUGCUGUUGCAACACGGAGCGGACGUGAACUGCAAUCAACACGAGCACGGAUACACAGCGCUGAUGUUCGCAGGACUGUCAGGGAAGACUGACAUCACGUGGAUGAUGCUGGACGCCGGGGCGGAAACGGACGCAGUCAACUCUGUCGGAAGGACCGCCGCGCAAAUGGCUGCGUUUGUCGGGCAACACGACUGUGUCACCGUCAUCAACAACUUCUUCUCCCGCGCCAGACUAGACUACUACACCAAACCCCAGGGUCUGGAGAAGGAACCCAAGCUGCCGUCCAAACUGGCCGGACCCCUCCACAAGGUCAUCAUGAGCACCAACCUGAACCCCGUCAAGAUGGUGAUGCUGGUGACGGAGAACCCCCUGUUGGCAGAGGCCGAGGCUCUGGAAAAAUGCCGCCGGGUGAUGGAGCUCAUCUGUGAGAAGUGCAUCAAGCAGCAGGACAUGAACGAGGUGCUGGCCAUGAAGAUGCAUUACAUCAGCUGCCUGCUGGGGAAGUGUGCCUCCUUCCUCAAAGACCGCGAGGACAAGCUGGACGGACUCAUUAAGAGUCUGCUCAAAGGUCGGGACAGCGACGGCUUCCCCGUCUACCAGGAGAAGUUUCUCAGAGAGUGCAUCCGCAAGUUCCCCUACUGUGACGCUACUCUGCUGCAGCAGCUGGUCCGCAGCAUCGCUCCUGUGGAGAUUGGUAACGACCCAACAGCUCUGUCCGUGCUGACUCAGGCUAUCACAGGUCAGGUCGGCUUCAUGGACGCAGAGUUCUGCACCUCGUGUGGAGAGAAAGGAGCCGAGAAGAGAUGCUCUAUAUGUAAAAUGGUGAUCUACUGUGGCCAAGCCUGCCAGAAGAUGCACUGGUUCACCCACAAGAAAGUCUGCAAGAAACUCCAACAGCAGAGAGAGAAGCACGACGCAGAAGCUGCCAAACUGAGGCUGCAGCAGAGCAAAGAGGAGAGUUCAGCAGUGCAGGAGGCCACAGACUCCAUGAAGGAGCUCUCAGUGGAGACCAACAGUGAAGCCGCUCCCUCAGACACUACAGCAGAAACCCCAAACCCCGCCCCUAUCCCGGCAGCUGCUGACAACUGAAGAACAUCAGCAACCACCUGUCCCAGAAUACAUCCAUACACCACGAACAGAGAGCGAACUGGCAGCGAGACAGAAAGCCAGAGACGGACUGGUCCAGCACGAGAUAAGAACCCAUAUUUAUUACUGAUGCGAGACUGCCCGCCAAGGCAGGGAGACAUCUUUUUGUCAUUUUUCUAUGUUGAUUUUUUCAGAUGAUAUAAUGUCAUAUGUGAGUGUGAAAAUAAUGUAGGCUGGCGUGUUUGUGGUAGAGGUCACCGGGAGGAAUUUUGGGUGAAGAUGUGAAGAGUUAAUGACGAAAUGUAAUUCUGCCUUAAAGAAACUGUAGCAACCUGUGUGGGAGCGAAGUGACUGUGUAGCCGAUCAAGAGCUGUCGCAAACGUGCGUUAAGAAAAUACUUGAUUUGUUAACAGAAACCUUCUUUUGUACUGAUAACCUCAUUGUGGAUGGUGAAUGGAUAAGCAGGGCUGCACAAUAUUGACCAAAAAUGUAUAUUUUAAAUAUUAUAACAAGACAUGAAUUUAUUUGUAUUUUUCACCAUCUUAAAAAAAAAGGUAGUUUUAAAACGUGUGUGGAUGGUGGAAGAUGAAGCUAAUGCUCAGGUUUUUUUCAAAUUAUAAAAGUUUUCUCCCGAAGUGCAACAUCAUUUUGUCGAUGAAGGAUUCUCCACAGCACAAAAAACACAUCAUCAGUACUGAUACUCUUCAGUUUAUUGUGUCUGACGGCUUCUACUGUGUCCAACAAACUGAUCUUAAUCAUGUUCAAUAAAGACCUGCUUCA